ACUUAUUUUAUCAAGACAUGGAGAAUAGAAUGAAGAAGAUCUAUUCUGCCUACACUGCUGGUUGAAAUGAGUCGGGAAGAUGUUAUUUGAAAUGUCAAGGGAUAAGGCUAUUUCCAGAACAUUCUAAUAGGUCGUGGGACCAUCAUGAUAUCCUUUCUGUUACACCUGAAUAUAACAUGAGUAGUCACUGUUCAACAAGUGCACGGCUGAGAUCAGUUGCCCCUUACAGUGGUCGAAAGGAGACUGCAGUUUAUGCUACUGAUGUUCGGACUGGGGUUGUAAUUCGCUGCAAAGUUUUCAUUGAUAAUUUUUCCAGGAUCCAGAUAUUCCACAAUUCUAUUAAGCUUGAUCUAGAUGGGCUUGCUACUCUUCGAGUCCGUGCCUUUGAUAGUGAAGAAAAUGAGUUUUCAUCAUUGGUGGGUCUGCAGUUCAUGUGGCAGCUGAUGCCUGAAACUGAUGAAUUGUCUCAUCACCUUGCGCAUGUUCCCUUGAAGGAUUCCCCCCUCAGUGACUGUGGUGGGCUCUGUGGUUACUUAGAUAUCCGAAUAAAGCUUGAAGAUAGUGGUUUAUUUUCAGAUUUAUAUGUUGUAAAAGGAAUUGGAAUUGGCCAUGAGAAAGUCUUAGUUCGUUUGCUGGAGCCACUACUUACACAUAUGUCUGAUAAAAUUGCUCUAACUGUAGUGGAAGCCAUGUCACUUGCUCCUCUUUCACCUCUUUUUGUCCUCAUUGGCGCUGGUCUCCGUUAUACUCUUAAAGUUAUUCGUGGGAAUACUCCUCAAGUGGUUUAUCUACCGUCGCCACAUCAUCGAUGGUCAGUUUCAAACUCAUCAGUUGCUGAAGUGAACAGUUUGAAUGGUUUCACUCAUGCGUUGAACUUAGGGGUAACAAAUGUCAUUGUUGAAGAUACUAGGGUUUCUGGGCACAUUCAAAUGUCAUCGCUCAACGUGGUUUUACCAGAUUCUUUGGUUCUGUAUCUAUCACAUUUAUCAUCUAUAUCUGAUGAUUCUCUAGAAGGUACUAAAGACAUUUCAUCUGGGGCACGUUGGUAUAUUGUCUCUGGUCGGGAAUACAUCAUUCAAAUGAAAGUUUUCUCUCGGGAACCUGAUGCACAAGAAAUAUACAUCACAGAGAGUGAUGAUAUCAAGUUGUAUGACCAGCAGUCUGAUAAUUGGAAGACUUCCUUGGUGACAGAGCAAAUUGCACAAAAAUAUGGCUCACUGAAUACUCGAAUUCUAAAAUCAACUUCGCCAGGAUUGGGAAAAUUGACAGCUUCUUUAACUUAUUUUAGCGGGCAUCUUAAUUCAAAGGAGGUGACUAUUGAAGUUUCUACUCUGUUUUCUAUGAUUAUGUUGCAAAAUUUCCCUGUAGAGACUGCUGUUGGAUCAUAUUUGGAAGCUGCUGUCACACUGAAAGCUCCAAACGGUGCAUAUUUUUCUCGGUGUGAUGCUUUUAGCUUGUUGGUAAAAUGGAAGGCUGGAAGUGAAUCUUUUGUUCUUGUAAAUGCUACGAGAGAGAUGUCUGCUUUGGACUAUCUACAAAACAUUGAAUUCCCAAAAUCAGCUUCUGGUCCUCCAUGCUCAUGGACUCACAUAUAUGCAGCUGGUUCUGGCCGAACCAUGCUUCAUGCCACACUAUCAAAAGAAUAUAGUCAUUUUGAUUCCUAUUUUAGUCAACAUGUUGUCUUGAAAGCAACUUCAAUUAUUGCAGCAUAUCCUCCACUUGUUCUCCGUCAAGCAGGUGAUGGAAGCCCUUUUGGUGGUUAUUGGUAUGAUAGAGCUCAAGCAGAAACAGACAAUGAACUAAAACGCUUGGAUAAGUUAUACCUUUGUACUGUCCAUGCCACUGUUACUGGUUUCUGUGGUACCAUGAACAUUCCGGUUUAUGCUGCAUUGCCUAAAGGAUCAGAAAAUGUUCUUACGGAUACUGUGCGUUUACAGCUGGUUUCUACUCUAGGAGUCAACCCAGAGUUCAACUUGUUGGUCUUCAAUCCUGAAGCUAAGGUGAAUUUGUCAAUUACUGGAGGGAGCUGUUUCUUGGAAUCUGUUGUGAAUGAUUCUCGAGUUGUAGAAAUUAUUCAGUCUCCACCUGGUUUACAUUGCUUACAACUGGUACUGUCUCCUAAAGGACUGGGAACUGCUCUCGUGACUGUUUAUGAUAUUGGGCUUGUUCCUCCACUUGCAGCUUCUGCUGAGGUUCAAGUGUCAAACGUGGACUGGAUAAAGAUUCUAUCAGGAGAUGAGAUAACCAUUAUGGAAGGACGUACAGAAUCUAUUGAUAUCGUGGCUGGGAUUAAGGAUGGGAGUACCUUUGUGUCUUCUCAAUAUCCAUAUAUGAAUGUUUGUGUGCAUAUUGAGGAUGAUAUAAUAGAACUUGUUGACCCUGAUCAUUCUUCAACUCCUGCUCGAGGAUAUCUCAGGGCACCCACUUUUAAAAUUGUUGGUAAACAUCUGGGAGUCACAUCUCUUCAUGUCAGUGUUAAACAGCAAUCAGGAAAUGAAAUAUUGAGCCAACCAAUAAAGGUAGAAAUUUAUGCCCCUCCAAGACUUCAUCCCAACCAUAUUUUUCUGGUGCCUGGUGCAUCUUAUGCGCUUAUUAUGGAAGGAGGGCCUACAAUUGGUGUAUCUGUUGAGUAUGCCAUCACAGAUGAUGGAAUUGCAACAGUCCACAAAUCUUCAGGACAGCUUUCUGCAAUUUCUCCUGGGAACACGACCAUCCUUGCAACAAUUUUUGGGAAAAGAGAUGCUGUUAUAUGUCAAGCAUAUGGCAGUGUUCAAGUAGGAGUACCGACUUCAGCAAGUUUGAUUGCACAAAGUGACAUGCUUGCCAUUGGCCGUGAGAUGCCAGUAUUUCCUUCAUUUUAUGAGGAUGAUUUAUUUUCUAUUUCUGAGCUCUGCAAAAGUUACAAGUGGGCUAUAGAAGAUGAAAAGGUGUUGAAUUUCCUUGUAUUAGAGGAUUUACAUGACAGGGAACUUGGUUUCAUCAGUGUCUUGCAUGGAAGAUCAGCAGGCAGGACAAAUGUCACAGUCUCAUUCUUGUGUGAAUUUACUUCUUCUGGUUCAUACUUUGAAUCAAGAUCUUACCAUGCUUCAAUGCCAUUAUUGGUGGUGCCUGAUCUCCCUCUGGCUCUGGGAGUUCCAAUUACCUGGGUUCUUCCUCCUUUCUAUACUACAUCUGGUGUUUUGCCUUCAUCUUUAGAAACACAUGUCGAAACGGAUGGUCAGAUUCGCAAAAGAGCCAUUAGUUAUUCUGUACUGAGAAACUGUGAUGAAGUCAUACGGGAUCCUAUUUCCAUUGAUGGAAACAGAAUAAAAACAAAAGAGAGUAACAAUAUUGCAUGCAUUCAGGCAAAAGAUCGGGCAAGUGGUAGAGUCGAUAUUGCUUCUUGUGUCAGGGUUUCUGAGGUGACCCAAAUUAGGAUAACAAGCCAGGAAUUUCCAUUCCGAACAAUUGAUAUUGCUGUCGGUGCUGAACUUGAACUUCCAAUAAGCUAUUGUGAUUCUUUAGGAAAUCCUUUUUAUGAAGCACAUGAUGUUGUUCACUACAACGCUCAAACUAACCACCCUGAUGUUGUAUCUAUUAGCACCAGUCAUGAUGGCAAUGAAAAUAUCCGUCUCAAGGGAAUGCAACAUGGUAAAGCUCUUCUUCGAGUGUCAAUAAACAAUAAUCUACGGAAGGCAGACUAUAUGAUGGUUUCAGUUGGUGCGCGUGUAUAUCCUCGAAGUCCAGUUGUUCAUAUUGGAAGUCGUCUUAACUUCAGCAUAGAAGGUUUGGAUGGUCAGGUUUCAGGCCAUUGGCUUAGUGCCAACAAAAGUGUCAUAACUGUAGAGACGGAUUCUGGACAAUCUGAAGCAGUGGGGGAAGGUUCAACACAAGUUUUCUUUCAAAGUAAUAGCAUGAAACUGUGGACCAAGGUUAAAGUGUUAUCAGGAAACAUUGUUCGUGUAGAUGCUCCAAAAGAGAUGCUGACAAAUGUCCCUCCGCCUGUCAAAGGAUAUAACUUCUUGGUGAAGUUCAGUGAUGGGAAAUCUGAAGCUCCCAGAAAUGGCAAAGCAGUCACGUACAACUGCCAAGUGAACCCUUCAUAUGUUGGCUAUGCAAAGCCAUGGAUGGAUGACAUGGGCAACACUUAUUGCCCUCGUUCUUUCCUUACUCACCAGAAGUUUGGAAAGAAAGGAAAGUUGAGUCCACGUUUCAUAGGGCCUUUCGAGAUUCUCGAGAAGUAUGAGUUAUUACCAUUAGAGAAGGAUUUGACUUAUGAAGAAGAACCGAUCCAUGUCCUUGAAUGA